CGAGCAUAUCGGUCGGCAGCUCUGGCAUGUCUUCCUCGUCAGCGCCAUGCUCGACGUCAUUCACAUUCUCUCGCGCGCCACCGGAGCUCCUCGCGGAGUUCUUCCUCUGGUCUGUUCAAGGUGGCCCCGCAAAACCUCUAAUCAAUGAGGCACCCAUGAAUCUAGCUUCAGUUUCUCGUCAAUGGCGAGCCGUCGCACUUUGCACCCCAGAUCUUUGGACGCACCUCUCCCUGACCGUCGCGCCUGAAAGAAGGACUGAUGAUGGGCUCACGAACUGGUUACCUCUUCUCACGCUAUGGCUAGAUCGGUCACAAUCCCUUCCAUUGUCCUACACCCUUCAGUUUAAAUCGUCUCAGAAUUGGUCAGAGCGCGAUAUGUGGGCUAUUGUCACAGUUUUUCGCCCACUUAUCGAUGCUCUUCUGCUGCAAUCCCAGCGUUGGAAGAACGUCGGAAUUCACACGCCCAACGUCGACUCUCACCCUUCACUUUACCUCGAUAUCAAAGGCCUGAAUCUCCCACACUUAGAAUUCCUCGCUCUUUCCGGCACCGUUGCCGACGAUGUCGAACUCUCCCUCACUUCCGAAACCGCACCACACCUGACCUCCGUCGCCCUCCCCGCCCUCUCUCUUCAAAACUCUUCACUCCCCUGGUCCCAAUUAACAACCCUCUACAUCAAAGACGACAAUCCGAGCCCAUUCCACAUCUACUCUAUCGUCGACGUCCUAUCGCGCUGCUUUCACCUCCAAAAGCUCCACAUCCAGACCCACAUCGAUUUCGGGAAAACUAUUGGCCUCUCCUUCACCAUUCCUCCCCCACUCACACUUCCCUAUCUCUCCCAUCUUCGUCUCGGCGUCGAAAUGGAAAUGAUAAUGGAACGUCUUCUACCCGCACUCGAUUGCCCGGCACUCACCACUCUUUCGUUCUAUGGUUGCCCGAACGCCACUUCCUCUCCUAGCAUCGCAACAUUCGUCGAGCGUCAUUUUCCACAGUAUCGGUCUGCCACGCUCCCACUGGCACCGCAGAGGCCUGAAAUCGAGACCGUCGAAAUAGGGUUCGAAGGGCUUCAUCGCGACCCGACGCUGUUCAUCAGGUUCUGGAGGAUGUUCAGCCCUGGCGUGAAACGCAUAGGGAUGCACCUGGACGAGUCGAACGCUAUGUUUCUCAUGAUGUUAUAUGAGACGUGCAAAGUGAUGUGGCCGAGGGCGGAUGGGUUCGGGCUACGGAUUACGACCUCGGGCCCUGCCUUGGAGGAGGUGGUAUUGUCGAUGGAGGCAGGGUAUAUGUGCCUUCACCCGGAUAUUCUUCCGAAGACGUUGAAUCACCUCACGCUUUUGCUCGACGGUGACAGGUGUGGGUAUGGUCCAGACGGGGGUGCGGCUAUUUACGACGAGGACGAGAGGUCUAACGGGUCGGGGCCGUUCUUCCCUUGUGCGCAACUGAAAAGGAUUCAUGUUCGGAUGAUUGAGAACGAUCAGGCACCGUCACCUAUCAAUGUGUUACUCGUUCUUGAUGUGGUCAAGGAAACCGUUAGGUACAUCCUCAGGGACUUCGUGAGGAGAGGCUUGGAGUUGUCGUUUGAACGCACUGACAAGUGUUGUUUAUUCGCGUGAUUCGGACGGUCAAUGAUGUCUUAAAAACUUGGGCUCCAUGUAUUUCUACUGUAAUUGUUCGGUUUCAGGCUCGUAUGAUUUUCUAGCCCUUCUUGUUAUCUGUAUUCCUGUGUAUGUUUGUAAAAUUCGUGUCGCUCUGUACUUCUUGAUGGGGGUUUCAGCAGUUUUCGGCGUGUUUUCCUUCUCUGUGUACAUCCUUUGUUUUGUGUUGUACUAUAUAGGACUCCUGUGCCCCCGUUGAACCGGUUUUUUUCUCGCUCGGAGGUGUAAGGUCACACCUUCUCAGUCCAGCAUU